CCCGUGUCUGUUGGAGCUGAAGUUGGAAGUGAAAAGAGUGGCUGCAAACGUUUGAAGGGCUUUCUUGGACCAAACUGAGACACUGGUAUUAUUCAGAUUUAAUAACUCAAAGCAAUGCAGAGGAGAGAAAUGGAAGAUCAAGUCGCUGACAGCAGUGCAGAUGAUACUGAGGAGAGCACAGCAGCCUCUGAAAUGACCAACAGCCCUAAAGAACCAGAAUCACAGCCGGACAGCACACCAGUCCUCAACACUCAAACGGGUGAAGGCUUGGCUGAGGCUGGAGCUCUUAAUGUAUCCCAUGACAUGGCUGAGGAGCUGUGCAGACAGCUGGAGGACAUCCUCAGCUCAUACUGCCAUGAGGAUGGAGGGAUUGGCGGUGAGGAUGCAGGCGUGGAAGUUAACGGGCUGUCUGAGAAGGAGGACGGCAAGCAGGAGGAAGCCAAACUGAACGGUAAUGGAUGCACAGGGAAAGACCAGAAGAAACUGCAGGAGAAGAAGAAAGUGAAGGGACUGGGCAAGGAGAUAACCCUCCUUAUGCAGACCCUAAACAUACUGAGCACACCAGAGGAGAAACUGGCUGGCCUUUGUAAGAAGUACGCUGAGCUGCUAGAGGAGAAUCGUAACGCUCAGAAACAGAUGCGAUCUCUGCAGAAGAAGCAGACACAAAUGAUCCAGGAGAAGGACCACUUGCGAAAUGAACACAGCAAGGCCAUCCUGGCUCGCACAAAGCUGGAGAGCCUCUGCCGAGAACUGCAGAGACAUAACCGCACGCUCAAGGAGGAUGGUGUGCAACGUGCCCGAUUAGAAGAAGAGAAAAGAAAGGAAGUGACCUCACAUUUCCAGGUGACAGUGAAUGACAUCCAGGCUCAGAUGGAGCAGCACAAUGAACGUAAUGCAAGCCUGAGACAGGAGAACAUGGAGCUGGCUGACAAACUCAAGAAGCUCAUCGAGCAGUACGAACUCAGAGAGGAGCAUAUUGACAAGGUUUUCAAGCACAAAGAUCUGCAACAGCAGCUGGUAGAUGCAAAGCUUCAUCAAGCACAGGUGCUGCACAAAGACUCUGAGUCCCGGCACCAGACGGAAAAAGAGUUUCUCUUGAAAGAGGUAGCGGAGUCUCAGAGGAUGUAUGAACUCAUGAAACAGCAGGAAGUCCAUCUGAAACAACAGUUGUCGUUGUAUACUGAUAAGUUUGAAGAAUUUCAAAACACACUUUCCAAAAGCAACGAGGUGUUCACAACAUUCAAACAGGAGAUGGAAAAGAUGACAAAGAAGAUCAAGAAGCUGGAAAAGGAAACGACCAUGUAUAGAUCACGAUGGGAGAGCAGCAACAAAGCCCUGCUGGAGAUGGCAGAAGAGAAAACACUUCGAGACAAGGAGUUUGAAAGUCUGCAUGUAAAGGUGCAGCGCCUGGAAAAGCUCUGUCGGGCUUUACAAACAGAGCGUAAUGAGCUGAGUAAGAAGGUUCAGGGAGUCUCUAGCCCAGAGGGGUUAACAGGCACAGAGAGCAGGCCAGAAUCCGAGGCGGGGUCACAACAAGAGGCCAUAGACUCAGAGGAGGGCAGCCCUGUCCAUCAGAACAGCCUAGAGCCAGAGACAUGUAGCCAGGGAUGCCACUGUGCUCCAGAUCUGGAGGUCGACACUCACAGAGAGGUUUGCUCAGCCCAGGAUUGAGUCUUGAUCUUUUUGGGGGGCCAGGACACACACAAUCCUUCCCACCUCCUGUACCCGACCCGACAUCGGCAGUCAGUCUCUGAGUCAUUUUGUAUACGUCUAGACAACAUGCUGACUUGUCCCCUCUGGGGUGGGUGGGGGGGGGGUCAUUUUAUCAGGGAAGAUUGUGCCUUCAACAUGACUCCUAUGCUGCAUUUUUACUCUUGGUUUUUAUGUGGCUUUUUUGUCAUCCCAUCCUACCCUAAUGAAAGAGCUGAUGUAGUGUGACAUGCAUUUUGGUGUGUUUUAUUUUAUUUUCUCUCCUUAAUUGGUUACUGGUCAAAUCUAUAUUUACACCUCGCAAAUACUUUCUCUCAUUUUGGUUUAAUUUCCUAGAAAAUCCUGCAUAUCUUAGUUUGCACCAAACAAAGAAUGUAUGAUUUAUUUUUCAUCUUCACUGCUCAGUAUUGAUCAUUUUAGAUGAACAGGUAAUGCUAACAUUUUUAUUUAUUAUAAUUUUUUAGUUUGUGGUUCUUCUAAUCGGAACACAGAUUUCGCUAUGCUUGUGCACAACACUUCACAUGUAUCAUUUUGGUUACACAGUCUUUAAACGGCACAAAAAUUCAGCCUAUUUUAUUUUAUCAGUUUAUAUAGCCAGUAUUGCAGAUAAUUUUCUUUAACCCAUACCAUUAACUUUGCAUUAAGAACAUGCACUUAAAUGCAAUCAUGACCUCUAAAUUCAUUUGAUUUGCAAUUUCAGUGUUGACCAUUUUGCUAUUAAGCUUGGGUUAUUUGAAAAGAGACUACCGGUAAUCACAUUAUUGUUUGCAUAAGUGGGCUACUAAAUAUGUUUAACAUAGUCAAACUAUUAAAAUAAAAUUAGAAAUCCAUCAUCUGCCCAGCUGGAGCAGAUUAAAUAAGAAAACUAUGCAAUUCUAGCUGUGUUGUAAUUUCUGUUCUGCAUGUGAACAAAGCAGUGACAUGCUGAAAAAUGAAUGUACAGAUCCCCACAAAGUGACUUAGUUCAGUGAUGUCUUUAAAUGUCAGCUCUACUGGGUUGUGUUCAUUCAUUUUUUCAGGAUGUUGAGAACGUGUAUCAUUCUGACAGUCACUACUAUUUGUACACUUUCAGUACCCUUCUGAGCUGAGACUGGUACAAAACUAUUGACAUACAGUGUGAUGUUUAGCAUAUGAUGUCUGAGUUCUCCAUGUACAUUUUCAUAUUUCUGUUAGUCACGAUUUAUGCACCGAUUUAGAAUUGUGGUGUUUGAAAGAAAAUCAUUGUUUUUCCUUAUUUGCUGGUCACUGAAAUUUGACACUCCCAUUAUCUAAAAGGGUACCAAAGAUUUUUAUUGAAUUUCUUUUUUUUCCCCACUCCCUGUAUAUAUUAAUUGCAAAUUAAAAUAUUAAG